CAAUAAAAUGUUUAAAUGUUAACAUUUUAAUUGUUAUGGUGGGAGGAGAGCAGCAUAUCUAAGCAAUGUGUUUUGAGUGAUAACAUAUGACAGACAUUACAAAUGAUGAGUCAGUACACCCCCAUACAAUGAGCUAAACAAUCCAAACGAAUUUCAUCCCAGGACAGGAGAGGGCACAUUCUGGAGGAUAUCAUAACUCACGCUUUCCAAUGGCGUGUUGCAGAUAUAUGAAAACAUAAGUUGAUAAUUCAAAAUGAUUCUUCUUGCCUUACUGGUGUUCGGGGACGAUACAUUACUGCAGCUGAUUUGGGAUUUAAUGUAUAAGGAACAUCAUGUGCUCCUCGUGUCACCUCACUGGACCGUGUGCGCUGCCUUCUUCACUCACCUCAUCUUCUCUGCUCCUUUCAUGCUUCUGGAUCUCCUCAGUCCUCACGCGCGAUGGAUUCAAAAGUACAGAAUGCACGGAGAGGUCGUUGCUCUGCAUCAGUGGUUUCGAUGUGCCUGUCGCAUUUUCUGGAAAUACAUGGUUGGCGUUUUACCGUUGACUGCUUUUUUUCUGUCCGUACGUCGCUCUCAGUUCCCAGAGAGGGCACCGUCAUCAUUUCUCGCCUUUUCGGAAUGCAUCAGCUGUAUGCUUAUGUUUGAUACGUUAUUCUUCAUGUUUCAUUACACUAUUCACAAAUUUUCUUGGCUGUUCCACAACGUCCACCGCAUUCACCAUCUGAACAGGGACACUUUUGCUUUGGCAGCCCAAGACUCCAGUAUUUCUGAACUGCUCUUUCUCCAAGCCCUUGCAUUUAUCAGUGCCAUGCUGGUGGGCUGCCAUCCAUUAAGCGAAAUCCUUUUCCAUCUGGUUAACACAUGGAUGGCUGUGGAGGACCACUGUGGAUAUGACUUUCCUUGGGCACUGCAUCGGCUGCUACCAUGCUUUAGUGGGGCUCCGCACCACUUGGCCCACCAUCAGCAGUUUAAAGGGAAUUUUGCCCCUUAUUUCAGACACUGGGAUUGCAUCUUUGGGACUUCACUGCACAUUCAAAGAAAUAAAGGAAAUAAGCAGUAGAGUGAAUUAACCCUACUGUAUGUUAAGUGGCCUUACAAUAUAACACUUAAACAUUUUUACCAAUUUUCUUAUUAAACUUCCCAGGGGCAUCAAGUAAACCCAGGAACAUUGUUCAUUCUGUUUAUAAUAAUCAGAAAGCUUGGGGCUGGAUGCUUAGACUCUAGCAAAGCCUCAAUUUGUAUUCAACUGCUGCUGUAUUUUAAUAGAGAACAACUUAAUGUUUUUGCUCAGCAUUAUAUCUGAUCCAAGUCUUGGAUGCAGGGUAUUCGCCAGAUUCUAAGUGUUUAACUUUUAAUGUUAUUAAUCAAGUUUUACUUCCUAGUUAUUUUGAUAUGAGUUAAACACACACACACACACACACACACACACACACACACACACACACAUCUCUUUUAUAUGACAGUGCUGACAUUAUUACAGUAUUACAGCAUUAAAAUUGUGAUCAAUUAUGUUUUAUUGGAAUUUUUAAUUUGACCUUUUAAAGGUGCAGUGUGUAAUUUCUGUGCCACUAGUGUCACCAAACAGCAUUGCAAAAAUAAUGACUGCUUUCAAACAGGUUUCCUGAACACUCCCUCUCUCUGCCUGUGGUUGGGCAAACCCCGUGCUCAACUCCCGCCAUUGGUUAAGUCAGUGUCGCUGUUUCAGGCUGGUCGGGAUGCUCAGACAAACAGGAAUGUUUUGAUUGUGCCACAGAGUCACAGUGUUACACUUUGUGGGGCAAAUCAACUUACAAAUGGCUUACUUAUAGUUGUAAGUAACUUACUGCAUAUUAAUUUGGGAAAGGAGACAGUAUUUAAAGAUUUACAAAAAAUACACAUGAUAUUUAUAUUUUCUACAGCGCUAUUUUAAAUUCAGGGGGUUGUCUUCUAUACACAAUCAGAAGGCAACACGGAAAUUGUAUAUACUGUAUGUACAGUACUUUAAAUCAUAUACAAAUAUACAAUGAAGGGGGUGGGGCUACCAUUUUCUCUUCAGCCUAUUGAUGAGUUGAAUACAUUCACUAACAACUGUUUUAUUUAAAAGAUAAUCAUUGUCUCCUUAACCAUUAGCAUUUGUUAUAAUUAUGAAUGUUACAGGUCAUAUUGUGUAUUUGAUCUCUGAGGGGUGACAGGAUCUGAUUUAUGUCAGGAAUGCAGUACAGUGCUAGUUUACAGUUGCCCAGCUCCCAUAGAACAAAUGUACAUGUGAGUUGUAUAAAUUCAUUGAUCAUUGGUCAAAAUAAGCAAGAGUUUUAUUGGGUUUAAGUUUUAGGUCAUUAAUGUAACACAUGUUUUUACUGACACAAAUGGAUUCUUAGCAUUCAUCACUAAAAGUAUAUUUCUGUCUACUUUGCUCUGUUGUGUUUGGACGUAUUGUUCUCUCCUCAUGCUCCAGCUGGAUAAGGUCUGUGUUCCAGAAAGGGCCUGAAUCAACCUUGGGAAAAAGAGGUUGUGGUCCAUCUAAUGAUGUCAUUGUAGGGAUUGUUUGGAGUUUUCCCAGUCAUAUGACUAAGUCCAACUUGACUUAGUGUUUUAAAAAACAUAAUCUUUUAAUUAUUGAUUUCACAGAGUUAAAUUGAACAUCAUGUUUGACACCGAUCAGAACUCUGUACUUCUAAGAGAUGAUGUCAAUUAAAUUGCAUAUGCCUUUAAUUACUGUUGUUUUGGUAAUCUGAGUUAGUUUGAGGUUAGAUCCUCAGCUCAUUUUCUGUUUCUGUCUUCUGCCUUUGAAAAUGUGGAGAACUUUGCCUUCA